GACGCUGUGACUCAAUCACCGAGCGCCGGAAGCGGGGCUGAGCUGUCGAGGGAAGCGAAGGCCCGCUCGGGUGGCCGAGAUGCCGUCGGGGAAGGUUUUCCGCCGCCGGAGAGCGGACUCCGAGGACGAGGAGGAGGAUGAGCAGGUCACCGAGGAGGUCAGACUAAAACUUGAGGAAGCAAAAGAAGUUCAGAGUCUCAGAAGACGGCCCAAUGGGGUGAGUGCUGCAGCCCUGCUUGUUGGGGAGAAAUUGCAAGAAGAGACAACGUUGGCGGAUGAUCCCUUUAAGAUAAAGACCGGUGGGAUGGUGGACAUGAAGAAGCUGAAAGAACGCGGCAAGGACAGGAUUAACGAAGAGGAGGACCUCAAUCUGGGAACCUCUUUCUCAGCAGAAACCAACAGGCGGGAUGAGGAUGCUGACAUGAUGAAGUACAUCGAGACAGAGCUGAAGAAGAGGAAGGGGAUUGUAGAAAACGAGGAGCAGAAGGUGAAGCUGAAGAAUGCCGAGGACUGUCUGUACGAGCUGCCUGAGAGCAUCCGCGUCUCUUCAGCCAAGAAGACCGAAGAGAUGCUGUCCAAUCAGAUGCUGAGUGGCAUUCCUGAAGUGGAUCUGGGAAUAGACGCAAAAAUAAAAAACAUAAUCUUUACUGAGGACGCCAAGGCAAGGCUGCUGGCGGAGCAGCAAAACAAAAAGAAAGACAGUGAAACCUCCUUUGUUCCCACAAACAUGGCUGUGAACUACGUCCAGCACAACAGAUUCUAUCAUGAGGAGCUGAGUGCACCAGUGAGGAGGAAUAAAGAAGAACCAAAAGCCCGUCCACUGAGAGUGGGGGAUACGGAGAAGCCAGAACCCGAGCGGUCCCCGCCGAAUCGCAAGCGCCCACCCAAUGAGAAAGCAACAGAUGACUACCACUAUGAGAAAUUCAAGAAGAUGAACAGACGAUACUGAAAUCUGCUCAGUAGAACAGUAUGGACCAAACAUUUUGCUGGAGCUUUUAAGUGCAAGAUGUUGUGUAAAAACUCCUGAAGUGGGCGGGAUCACUUCCUACAGAUUUUUAGUAUUACCCACAAGAUUUUUUUCUCACAGUAAACUCGUAGUGAAUUAGUGGGCACAGUGAUUGUGAAAUCUCCCUUCCCCGUGGUGACUUGUAUAUAACUUAUUUUGUUAUAAAACUUUUUCUUUUGUAAAUA